AUGAGCGGUGCUGCUUUGGGACUCGAGAUUGUUUUUGUUUUCUUCCUGGCAUUGUUUCUACUUCAUCGAUACGGAGACUUUAAGAAACAGCAUAGGCUUGUAAUUAUUGGAACACUUCUUGCUUGGUAUCUCUGCUUCCUUAUCAUCUUCAUACUGCCUCUAGAUGUUAGUACGACAAUAUACAAUCGGUGCAAACAUGCUGCUGCAAACUCAAGCCCUCCUGAGAACAUCAACAGUACAGGGUCAUCCCCGACUGCUACCCCCGUUCCAAGCCAGCAUCCCUGUUUCAAGCCAUGGAGCUAUAUUCCUGAUGGAAUCAUGCCAGUUUUCUGGAGGGUAGUGUAUUGGACAUCACAAUUUUUAACAUGGAUUCUGUUACCCUUCAUGCAGUCAUAUGCAAGAUCGGGAGGGUUCUCCAUCACUGGGAAGAUCAAAACUGCACUGAUUGAGAAUGCAAUCUAUUAUGGCACCUAUUUGCUGAUUUUUGGAGCAUUUUUAAUUUAUGUAGCUGUAAAUCCACAUUUGCACUUAGAAUGGAACCAGCUUCAGACUAUUGGGAUAGCUGCAGCAAAUACCUGGGGUCUGUUUCUCCUUGUGUUGCUGUUGGGGUAUGGCUUGGUAGAGAUUCCUCGGUCAUACUGGAAUGGAGCAAAAAAGGGUUAUCUACUUAUGAAGACUUAUUUUAAGGCAGCCAAACUGAUGACAGAGAAAGCAGAUGCAGAAGAGAAUUUAGAAGACAUCAUGGAGGAGGUUCGUAAAGUGAAUGAAAGCAUCAAGUAUAAUCACCCAUUGAGAAAAUGUGUCGAUACAAUACUUAAAAAGUGUCCUACAGAGCACCAGGAAAAAAUGGGCAGGAACAUGGAUGACUAUGAAGAUUUUGAUGAGAAGCGUAAUACUUUUCCAAGUGAAAAAAGCCUAGUAAAGCUGCAUAAACAGGUGAUUUAUUCAGUUCAGAGGCAUCGUCGAACUCAAGUGCAGUGGCAAAUUCUUUUGGAACAGGCAUUUUAUCUAGAAGAUGUAGCAAAAAAUGAAGCCAAUGUAGCACGUCAGUUUGUUCACACCUUUCAGUCGCCAGAGCCAGAAAAUAGAUUUAUCCAGUAUUUUUAUAAUCCGACAGUUGAGUGGUACUGGGAAUGCCUUUUACGACCGUGGUUUUACAGGAUACUUGCUGUGGUUUUGUCAAUCUUCUCGAUAAUUGUCGUGUGGUCGGAGUGCACGUUCUUUAGCACUAGUCCUGUCUUGUCCCUCUUUGCCGUCUUCAUACAGCUGGCAGAAAAAACAUACAAUUAUAUCUAUAUUGAGAUUGCUUGCUUCCUUUCCAUCUUCUUUCUAAGUAUCUGUGUGUAUUCUACUGUGUUCAGGAUUCGUGUAUUUAACUAUUAUUAUUUGGCUUCACAUCACCAGACUGAUGCUUACAGCCUUCUUUUCAGUGGCAUGUUAUUUUGCCGUUUAACUCCUCCUUUAUGUCUUAAUUUCUUGGGUUUAACGCAUAUGGAUUCAUCUAUUUCUCAUCAGAAUACUCAGCCAACUGCUUAUACAUCUAUUAUGGGUUCCAUGAAAGUUUUAUCCUUUAUUGCAGAUGGAUUCUAUAUAUAUUAUCCUAUGUUGGUGGUAAUUCUCUGCAUUGCUACUUAUUUUAGCUUGGGAACCCGUUGUUUGAAUCUGCUUGGUUUCCAGCAGUUUAUGGGAGAUAAUGAUAUGACAUCUGACUUAGUUGAUGAAGGAAAAGAAUUAAUCAGACGAGAGAAGAGAAAAAGGCAAAGGCAAGAAGAAGGUGAAAACCGGAGAAGAUCUAAAACCUAUCAAUUAACAGACAAUAGGAGAGUAGACAUUUUUUUUCCCUCCUUUGCAGCAGCAUCUAAAUACACCAGGUCUAAUAAUAGAACAGAAAGGGACCGAAUAGAACUUCUCCAAGAUGCUGAACCUUUGGACUUUAAUGCAGACACAUUCACUGAUGAUCCUCUUGAAUCUGAAUCAGGAAGGUAUCAGCCUGGUGGACGCUAUCUCUCGAUGUCUCGCAGUCAAAUAUUUGAUGAUGUCUAA